GUCAAAAAAAAAAAGUGGAGAUUUAUAUAAAUAUCUGAGGAUGGAGGCAGGCAGUCAAACCUGAACCUGCUGAGGCUUCAUCUGACAGCAUGAGGGUGGUCAACAUCGGGCCAGACCCAUCCCUGGCUUAUCGACCAAAUUUACAGAAGGACAAGGAUGAUUACAGAAACUAUGAGGGCGGUAUUCUCUUCAACCGAGUCUUUAAAACCUACAGCCUGAUGCACACCAACCAGACGCUGGAGUUUGUAAAGAAAAAGUCCUCUGAAUGGACCCAGUUCAACCACACUCAGAUGGGGAUGAUGGACGUCAUCACGUCUCUGGACCAGCUGGUGGACGAGUCGGACCCUGACGUCGACUUCCCCAACUCCUUCCACGCCUUCCAGACCGCCGAGGGCAUCCGCCAAGAACACCCAGACAAAGACUGGUUCCAGCUGGUGGGCCUGAUCCACGACGUCGGGAAGAUCUUAGCUCUCUGGGAUGAACCUCAGUGGGCUGUCGUGGGCGACACCUUCCCUGUAGGGUGCAAAUUUCAAAACUCGAUUGUUUUAAGAAACAGCACCUUCACGGACAGCCCUGACGAGAAAAACCCUGCAUACAACACUGAAUAUGGGAUCUAUGAACCAAACUGUGGCCUUGACAACGUCCUCAUGUCCUGGGGUCAUGACGAAUACCUCUACAGAGUUAUGAAGCACAACGACUGCUGCAUCCCAGAGGAGGGGCUCUACAUGAUCCGCUUCCAUUCCUUCUACCCGUGGCACUCUCACGGAGACUACAUGCACCUGUGCAACGACAAGGACCUGCAGAUGCUGCCCUGGGUCAGAGAGUUCAAUAAAUUUGACCUGUACACGAAAACCACCGACCUGCCCGACGUGGACGUGCUGAAGCCGUACUACCAGUCCCUGAUCGACAAAUACUGUCCUGGAGUCCUGCAGUGGUGAAGCGGCAGAAAUCAGCUAUGAUCACAUGAUGUAAAUAAUGAUGAUGUAAUGUUUUAUUGCAGCACUAAAGCUGGAUUAAGCACUUCCUACGUAUCAUCACUCUUUUUUAAAGACUUAUAUGUGGCAAAUAAUUUAGAGACAUAACGCAUGUACAAGUGUCUUUUAUUUCAUUAUUUUAAGAGGUUUAAAAGUGUAUAAAAACUACAUCUUCUGUGGUGUAUGUAAAAGCAUUUACAUACAUAAGGAAAAAGUGCUUUUUUUUGUUCUGUGUUGCCAAUAAAUUACAAAAAGUGGCCAAAUAA